CACUUUGAGUUGAGCUUCUAACCCCCGAUUCGUGGAUUUCGUCUCCUCUGUCCUCUCUCUCUCCUGACAUGGAUUGUUCAUUAAAUAAAACCUUUACUUCUCUCUCUAAGCCAACCAACCUUUUCACCUCUUUCUCUCUCUAGGGUUUCGAAGAGUUCAAGUGACGACGACGAAGACCUCUCGUGCUAUUAUUGUGGGCUUUUCAAGCGUCCAAAGCGAGACAGGAGAAACUUCCUCAAUGGUCUUUUGAUCGCGCGCAUAUCAAUUUCUUUGCUACAGAAGGAAUCAGCUUCUCUCUGUCACUUCAUGGUUUUUCGUGUUUUGGCUAGAAUUCGUCUUUGAUUACGUGCGCGGAACUAAUGGUGAAAAUGAAGCAUAAUUAUAACUACAUGGAAGUUGGUGUCUAAUUCUUGAAAAGGGUAAUGGCAUCUAGCUUGAUGUGUUGAUACGUUGUAUUUUUUGUGGUAAAUACUGCUAUAAGAAGCGGCCUGUCUGAAAAUUUUGAGAUUUUCAUGUUGGUAAAUGCUGAUUGGUGGAUGUUGAAUGGUUGUUACCAUGGAUUUAAAUGUAUCGCCUUUACCUGAAGAUGAUGAAGAGAAUUUUGAAGAGCACAUAGAACAAUAUACUGCUCCAGAAGAACGUUUUGAAUCUGCAGUUGAAACUGCACGCCGGGAGCGAGAAGAAAGACGUAAGAGAUUGAGAAAUGAACGUUCUGAAGACAGACCUAUGCAUGUGUCUCGGCAACCAGCACAUGAUCAACAUUUUCCAACUAAACACUUCAAAACUUAUGAUAAAACUAAGCUCCCUCCUGGCUGGCUGGAUUGCCCUGCAUCUGGUCACGAAAUCUUUGGUAUUAUUCCUUCAAAGGUUCCACUUGGUGAAACCUAUCACGACUGUAUUCCUCCUGGAAGACGAUACUCUUUUAAACAAGUGAUUCAUCAACAGAGAGUAUUAGGAAGAAAACUUGGUUUGGUUAUUGAUUUGACAAAUACUUCUCGUUACUAUACAACUACAGAUUUGAAAAAAGAGGGUAUUAAGUAUGUUAAGAUUCCAUGUAAAGGGCGUGAUGCAGUACCUGAUAAUGCAUCUGUAAAUAGCUUUGUUUAUGAGGUUACACAAUUUGUCUUUCGUCAAAAAUCUAAGAAGUUUAUUCUUGUUCAUUGUACGCAUGGGCAUAAUCGCACAGGAUAUAUGAUUGUCCAUUAUAUUAUGCGUACAAUGCCAAUGUCUGUCACACAGGCAAUAAAAUUAUUUGCUGAUGCACGUCCUCCAGGAAUCUAUAAACCAGAUUACAUUAAGGCCUUGUAUGAUUUUUAUCAUGAAACAAAGCCUGAAAUGGUUGUUUGCCCAUCGACUCCAGAAUGGAAGAGAUCUUCUGACCUAGAUCUUAAUGGUGAAGCACUGCCAGAUGACGAUGAUGAUGGAGGUCCAGCUGCUCCUUUGAAUGACAACCAUGAGGCAGAUGCUACAAUGACAAAUGAUGAUGUUUUAGGAGAUAAAAUACCUGCUGAUCAACUGGAUGCUCUGCGACUGUUUUGUUACCAAACACUUAAGCUGAAUAUCCCAGUAAGAGGAAAUCCACAAUUUCCGGGGUCGCAUCCAGUAUCUCUCAACAGGGACAAUUUGCAGCUGUUAAGGCAGCGAUAUUAUUAUGCAACAUGGAAAGCUGAUGGGACUCGUUACAUGAUGCUGAUUACGAUGGAUGGCUGCUAUUUGAUUGAUAGGAGUUUCAAUUUUCGGAGGGUCCAGAUGAGAUUUCCUUGCAGAGGCACAAAUGAACCUUUAGCUGAGAAGACUCACCACUAUACCUUACUUGAUGGGGAGAUGGUCAUUGAUACAUUGCCAGACUCACAGAAGCAAGAGAGAAGAUACCUUAUCUAUGAUGUAAUGGCAAUUAACCACAUGUCAGUCAUAGAGAGGCCUUUUUAUGAACGAUGGAAGAUGCUUGAAAAAGAAGUGAUUGAACCACGGAAUUAUGAACGGCAGUAUAUUUAUCAGAGCAGGAAUCCUUAUUACAGAUAUGACUUGGAACCCUUCAGGGUCAGAAGAAAGGAUUUCUGGUUGCUUUCUACUGUUACUAAGCUUUUAAAGGAAUUUAUUCCAAGGCUUUCACAUGAUGCAGAUGGUCUUAUUUUUCAGGGUUGGGACGAUCCCUAUGUUCCUCGCACCCAUGAAGGGCUUCUGAAGUGGAAAUAUCCUGAAAUGAAUUCCGUUGACUUUCUAUUUGAGGUGGAUGCUGACGGUCGUCAAUUACUUUAUCUGCAUGAACGAGGGAAAAAGAAGCUGAUGGAAGGGAACACCGUUGUAUUUAGAGAUGGUUCAGAUCCCUCUUCAUACUCGGGAAAAAUUAUCGAGUGUUCUUGGGAUUCAGAUGAACAGGUAUGGGUUUGUAUGCGGCUCCGGACAGAUAAAUCUACACCAAAUGACUUUAGUACCUACAGGAAGGUGAUGCGAAGCAUCAAGGACAAUAUAACAGAGGACAUUUUGUUGCAUGAGAUUUAUGAGAUCAUCCGCCUUCCCAUGUAUGCAGAUAGGAUAAAGAACGACAGUAAAGCUUCAGCAAGACGCAGGUGAUGGACAGUAGUGAUGUAUGGUCCCUUGGGUUUUUUAUUUUCUGACGAGUAAUGUCCAAUAUGGUAAAAAGUGGUUACAAGACUAAAAGAACCCAACGGUGGACUUUUGAUGCUGAUAAAUGGUGGCAGUGUUUGGUGGUUCACUUCAUUGAAAUUGGAUGGACAUAUCAUCUGGAGGGUCAGUGAGAUGUUAUGUAAUUAGCUACACCUUGUUAUAACCUCAUAGCGUGUAAUCUGCUGGUGAGUUCUAUGAUCCGGUUGGUACACAGUUAGUUUUCUACAUCAGACCCCAAAUUAUGUCUAAAUGAUAGCUGUCCAGAUCAAAGAAAAUUAGGAAUAGGAUGACCAUGUAUAUUAUUAAUAUUUCGCCCUUUUUAUGUAGUGUUUUAUAAGUUGUUUUAAAAAGUUAGCCAUUUUUUAGAAUUAGAGCCAAGUUUCUGUCUCUCUUUCUCUCCCUCUCCCUCUCCCUCUACUGGGAAUGUUGUUUUUUCUUAGCCUUUUGGGUUCCCAAUGUGAAUAUCAUUUUUGUAAGUUGCCAUCUUUUCUUUUUGGUUUCUGCCCGUAUGCUUACAAUAUUCCCUUCUUAUAUCGUCUUGUAUUUUAUUUUA